AUGGCCAGCUCAGCUAUGUCUCAACAGGUGGUCCAGGUCCAGCCGGAGAGCAGGGUUCAGGAGAAAGGUCAAUGGAGUACUGGCCUGUGUGAGUGCCAUAAAGACAUGGGAGACUUGUUUACCUGUAAGGUGACCAGUGCAGUGGGCUCCUGUCCCUGCCUGCCCCUGCUGGACUGUAUCGGCUGCGUACCACCGGCCUCUCUCGCCAUGAGGGCGUCUGUCAGGGAACGAUACGGCAUACCGGGGGGGGUGUGGAGCGACUGCCUGUAUGGAUGCUGCUGCUAUCCGCUAUCUUGGCUCCAGAUCUCCAGAGAGCUGAAGAGAAGAGCAGCAUCCAACGCCUCCUCCUCUUCCUCAGCCAGAUACACCGCUCUGACCUCCCUGCAGGGGGCGCACUUGGUCUAGACCAUACAUGCAGCACUCCUGUCUUCUGUGCUCUGCUGCAGCUUGCCCUCCAGUGUGCAGGAGUUGAUUUAAUCACACUUCCUCUGAUCUGCAGCCACUCCCUGUUGCCUUUAGAGAAUUCAGGGACCCGAUCUGUCCCACAGAGAGGAAAGUUCAGUUUUUCCCAAAAUGAAGUGAUGAAAAGUAAUUUGAAUAUUAGACACGAGGCUACUUUUCCAUGUAUUUUUGAGUAGCAGAAUGAGCAUUAUUUCAUGGUGGGAAUUAAUUAAGUACAUUUGCUCAUGCACUGUAGCUUUAUUCUACU